UCGCUCCAACUUGUCUUCCGUUGUUUAUUGUCAGUGACAAGCUGCACCAACAAGUUGGUCCACGAUCCGAUCCCAAAUCCGAAACUACCUGAGUCCAGGGCGGGGCUAAAGUAAGACUGCGCUCCUUUGCUCCGCCCUCCUCAGGAUCAUCGGGGAUCGGGUGUUCGUUUACGGUUUCUCCUCUGACGGGACGGCUGAGCUGAGCUGUCGGACUUACUCGCUGUCAGUGGUAUGAGUCGUCACAGGAAAGCAAUCAAAGGUGCAAGUCGGUAACUCCACCUUUUUAGACGGACGACAUCGGAGUCACCACGGCGAGACUGAAACACCUGUCAGCAGCCGCCGAGGCCUUGUGGUGCCAAGAUGAAGAAAGUUAUUCUGCUGUGGUUGCUGGUAUUUUUCAUGCUAAAUGCAGAGGGGACAAGCUACAGCCUUCCGGGAAAGCCAACGUUGACCAGAUGUCGUUCUCCCGAAAAAGAGACCUUCACCUGUUGGUGGGAACCAGGCUCUGACGGGGGUCUGCCUACCACCUAUGCUCUGUACUAUCGCAAAGAAAAUUAUGAGACAGUGUAUGAGUGUCCUGACUACCACACAGCCGGGGAGAACUCCUGUUUCUUUAAUAAGAAUGAUACAUCCAUCUGGGUCAACUACAACAUCACUGUGGUGGCUACCAACGCUCUGGGCAGCACCUUCUCUGACCCUGUUGAUAUAGAUGUAGUUUACAUCGUCAAGCCCAACCCUCCUGAGAAGGUAGCAGUGGCUGUAUUGGAGGAUAAAAGCUGGCCCUUCCUUCGAGUGUCAUGGGAGCCACCACAUAAAGCUGACACUCGCUCAGGUUGGAUCACUCUCAUCUAUGAGCUCCGUAUUAAGUUGGAAGGGGAAGAUGAAUGGGAGAUGCACCUUGCAGGCCAGCAGAAGGUGUUCAACAUUUUCAGCCUGCGGUCAGGUGGUACAUACCUUGUUCAGGUGCGCUGUAAGCCCGAUCAUGGCUUUUGGAGUGAAUGGAGCUCCACUUCCUACACCGAAGUUCCUGACUAUUUCCAUCGGGAAAAGUCUGUUUGGAUCCUCAUUAGUGUUUUUUCUGCCUUCAUCUUUCUCAUUCUCACCUGGUUGAUUCACAUGAACAGUCACAGUUUAAAGCACUGCAUACUGCCUCCAGUCCCUGGCCCUAAAAUCAAAGGAUUUGAUGAACAACUUCUUAAGAAUGGCAAGUCUGAGGAUAUCUUCAGCUCACUGGUGGUGUCUGAUUUCCCUCCAACUACAAUGUCAAACUACGAGGACUUGCUUGUUGAAUACUUGGAUGUGUAUGUCCCAGAGGAGCAAGAAUUAAUGCUGGAAGAAAACAAGAAUUUACACAAUAACUGCCUUAAAUCUGAGAGCUCCACAUCUGACAGUGACUCUGGCCACGGCAGCUGUGACAGUCACACCCUGCUGAUGGAUAAAUGUGGAGAGGCUAAAGUGGAGGGGUGGCAAACAGAUCAGCGGGGCAGUCAAAUGGAGAUGGAUUCAAAAAGGCAGGAUGAAGCACUGCCAUAUGCCCAUGAGGAUGUUGUUAGCCCUGAUAUGUCUAGUGGAAGGGUGAAGACCUGGCCUUCAGUGUUUUCGCCGCUCCCCCAAUACAGCUCAACGCCAUUUGAUCAACCGAGCUCACUUGAGAUGGCCAAACAGCACUGCCUUUCUGACACCUUGUUCCCACCAUACUCCUUAUCCUCUUGCCACACUCAGCCUGGCCACAGCACCAGAGAGGGUCUUGGAUCAAACUACUGGAAGUUUAGCUUCAGCAACAAGCAGCUUCAUCAGUUCCGUCCCCACACUGAAGCCCAGCAGCAGCUCCAGACCCACAGUGAUAUUAACAUCUCUACCAUCAGCUGCAAAGGAACAUCUGCUAAUCUACAGCAGCACAAUCUCCGGUCCACUGAGUACGUCGAAGUGCAGAGGGUGAAUGAGCAGGAUAUGGUAAUUCUCCAUCCUGUUUCUUCAGGCUGCCCUGAGACGCGCUUGGCAGAGGACUACAGCAAGGUGAAGGGAAUGAACAAUGACAAAGUCCUAUUGCUCCUCCAGAGUGAUAUGAUUGAAAAAGAGGUGACCAUGUGUCAGUAUGACAACCAGCAUGCCAGUGCAGCAGCACCUAUCAGUACCACUCCACAGAAGCCUACUGCCUGCAUUCUUCCAGUUCUGGAUGAAAGGGCAGUCAGUGGUUAUGUUGACACCACCACAAUGUUCACCCUGCCCAAUUACUAGGUGCUGCAGGAGCCCAAUUGGCAGAUGUGUGUUGUUAGAGACAUGCUUUAGGCCUGAGGACUGAGACACAGAACAAAAACACUUAACACUGGAUGACUUCUUCAAACACUGACAAAGACAGUAUUUUGCUAUCAAAGGAUUACAGCUACUUAUUUUUCAUCUCCUUCUUGUAAUAGAGAUGUCUUUCACUGAUUUAAUGCAGUUACACUCUGAUUUGUAAUAGAAGGAAGAAUUUUAUUUUCAUUAAAGAAAAAAAUCUUUAUUCAACACAAUUAAGAACAGAAUUAAUUGUAAAAAUCAUGUGGUACUAUAUGUUGUUGUUUUGAUUACACUCUAAAUAAUUUUCUAUACCACUAUAGAAAACUGCAUUUUGAAGCUGCUUGCUACAUAUAUGCACAGUCAAGCAGCAAACUGAAAGACAAACAUGAACCUUUGAGUCCUGUGAGGGAAUCCAGGGAAUCUGGUGUGCAGUGAGUUUUGUUAUAUGAGUCUACUUGUAACCUUGCAAGGUAAGGUCUCGCAAAUUAAAAAUUAAGUUAUUAAUGAUGUUUUAUCAUACAAUGAACCAUUUCUAUGCCAUCGAGAGUGGGCUUUCCCUGCAUGACAAUACCCCCAUUCAUAGGAUAUUAGGGGCUGAUGAAUGGUGGGAUAAGUAUGAAAACAAAGUAAAUUGCAUGCUAUUGUUGCCAUGGAUCCCAAGUUUGAACCCAGUUGAACAUCAGUGUGAUUUUGAUAUGUUAGAUGAGGCUCCCAUGAAUAUUAUCAAAACACCAAAUAAAGGAAUAUCUUUUGGAAAAUUAAUUUUCCGUCCUUCCCAAAAGAGGCUAAUUUUAAUAUAUAUAUAUGUGUGUGUGUCUGUGUGUGUGUGUGUGUGUGUGUGUUUAACAAGAGAUUCCAGAAAAGGAAAACUGAGAAUGUGAAUAUUGCUCUAUUUUUUACCCAGAGAUGAUUUGCAUGUAUAUACAUUUAAUACAAAAAAAGUUGUUUCUACAAAGAUGUUUAGAUUUUUUAUUUUUAAAGGAAAAAGUGUCAUGUUGCUUACAUGUUCCCGUACAAUGCUGUACUGUUUUAGUGCUUGCAUGUGUAUCUGUAUAGCAACACAUCUGUACAUCUGUACACAGCAAUGGAGUUUGAAACAGCCAUCAAAUCUUUGUAAAAAGCUUGCUGUAUAAAUCAUGUUUAUAAUAAAUUUAAGAGAUGC